AUGUCGACUCAACCAAAUCCUAACCAGCAACUUGAGGUGCUGGAGAGAAACGAGGUUUACGAAGGCUCAGAUGAAGGCUUCCAAUUCGCAGGUACUCUCGUCGUGUAUCAGAUGAAGGGGUAUUUGUACCACGCGAUGCUGAAAGCUCGUUACUCUUCCCCUUGGAAUGUCAACGCAGAGGAUUUUGAAAAUAUUAUCCAAAUCCCUAGCUCGGCCUACAAUCCAAAAUUUUCUGUCGACUUCACGCCAGCGCCUCAAACCCUGCCCAACAAUUACUUUGUCAAAAAACCUCAAUUGAUCAGUUACGAUCGAAUCAGUCAAGGACCUCGACCUGAUUCGAUUGCUGAGGACCUCCUCAAGGAAGCAAGAAUUUACGAACAUGCAAAACACGCCGUACAUACCAAAGUAUCCCUUGUUACCGUUGCUGUCAUCCCUAGUAUAUGGUGUGGUAAUCGAGUUUUCUUUGUUCGGUUGGCACAGUGUCAGUCGAUCGAGAUUAUUUGCGGGUUUCUAGGAACGUUUAAGAAAGGCCCCGGGCCAGGAAAGGUUGGAUGA